AUGGACGCCAUUUCUCGUGCUCUUGAAGAAACUUUGGAUCCACGAGCCGAAGUUCGCAAACGCGGUGAAAACACAUUGCGAGAAGUAGAGCACUUGUCCGGCUAUGUUGUUCAAGUUCUCGAAUUAGCCGUUAACAAAAAUGGCGCAGUGUCGCCGCAAAUCCAAAUGGCUGCCGCUGUCGCAUUGAAGAAUUUUACAAAGCGCAACUUUGGACCCGCUCCAGAAGUCGAAAUGUCGCCAGAGGAUGAAAAUAUGUUCCGAACUGCACUUCUUGAAGCGAUGUUUAGUGCAACGGGGAGUAUUCAGGAUAUUCUCUCAAACGCUUUAUAUCUUAUUGCUCAGAGAGACUUUCCACUGAAAUGGCCAGAGUUGGUCCCAUAUCUUUCGCAAUUCCUUGUCGCCGACAAUUUCAAUCAUUUGGUGGCUUCUCUCACUUCAAUGGAGCAAAUCUUUCGGAAAUUUAGAUAUGAAUCGAAGUCAAAUGAAUUAUGGAAGGAGCUUUUAAAAUGCCUUCUUAGUACUCAAGAGCCGCUGACACUCCUUCUUCAAAAAAUGAUGGAAGUUGCACCGCGACAAGACCAAUUAAGUGUCGUCGAUUUGGCGCAAUGGCUCAAAAUUCUAUGUCUGAUCGCGAAGGUGUUCCACUCACUUUGCUCGCAAGACAUUCCUGAAUAUUUCGAGGACCACUUGAAAGAAUGGAUGGGAAGUUUUCUGAUGCUCAUGAAAAUCGAGUGCCCUUCAUUGGUUUCGGUGUCGGGCGAGCCGACGAUUCUCGAUGAGAUGAAGACCGAAAUUUGCGAGAUUUUCACACUCUAUUCGCAUAGAUAUGAGGAGGAAAUCGCGCCAUUCGUGCCAAGCAUUAUCGAGUCCGUUUGGGGACUUUUGGAGAAAACUGGUCCCGAGACAAGAUAUGACACUUUGGUGUGCGCCGCCCUUGAGUUUUUGUCGAUGGUGAGCCAACGCCAAUACUACGAAAGCCAUUUCACCGGACCGGGAGUCUUAAAAACAAUAGCUGAGAAUGUCUGCGUUCAAAACCUUCUUCUCCGUCAAGAGGACCUCGAAAUGUUCGAAGAUGAGCCACUCGAUUACAUGAAGCGAGACAUCGAGGGAACCGAUGUUGGAACUCGCCGACGCGGAGCUAUCGAUCUUGCUCGCGGACUCUGCCGACGAUUUGAGGACGUGAUGAUGCCGACAUUAUCGGAAAUCAUUCAGAAUCUUCUUGCUUCCAAUGAAUGGAUCAAAAUUGAUAUCGUGUAUUCGUUGGUGACCGCGGUUGCGGCAAAAACGGUUACUGCUCGCGGUGGAGUGACAUCAACGAAUCCGCUGAUUAAUAUCAACGACUUCUUCAUCGGACAAGUGGCCAAUCAUUUGAAUUCCGAUGUCAAUCAGCUUCCGAUUUUGAAGGCCGACGCGUUGAAAUUUGCGGUGACGUUCCGGAAUCAAUUGGCUCCUGAGCAUCUACUGACGACCAUCCGAGCCGCCGACGCGCUUCUUUCAUCGAAUACACCGAUUCUUCACAAAUACGCAGCUUAUGCUAUUGAUCGAAUCUUGCUCAGAGAUUCUGAUCAUAUAUUCUCUGCUCAAAAUCUGCCUGUUGCUUCGAUGCUUGCCAAUCUUGUUGCCGCAUUCGACAAGGAUCCGAAGUCGCAAAACUCGCCGUACUUGAUUAAGGCGAUCCUUCGCGUUAUCGUGAUCCUCGAUGAUGAAACGAUUCGGCAUGCCGAUGUGAUUGCCACCAAAUUGGCGCAACUCGUCGCAUCGGCCACCAAAAAUCCGGCGGAUUCGAUUCAUACGCAUUUCUUGUUCGAGACAAUCUGUGUUCUUGUCACUAAAACAAAAACGAUUGGCGGCUCGUUGGAUGCUCAACUUUUGCCGUUGAUUGAAGUUAUUUUCACACAAGACCUCGAGGACUUGACACCGUAUGCUUUACAAAUCACCGGCAUUUUAAUUUCCGCGUGCGUUUCGCGUCAAUCGCCUGUCGAUUCCUACUACGCGUUUUUGCCGUUUUUGCUCUCCGAACGAUUGUGGGCGAGAUCGGCGAACGUUCCGGCAGCGCUGUCGGUUCUUGAAGUUCUGCUGUCGGUGAAUCCGGAGAGAAUUGGCGCCGAGUACGCACCGAUCAUCUUCCAGCACAUGUCAAGACUAAUUGGCUCAAAACCUAUGGAACAUUACGGUUUCCAAUUGGCUACAUCGCUACUCAAAGGAAUUCAAUUCUGUCAAAUCAAGGAUUCGAAUCCGAUUCAUUAUUUGUUGAACACGAUGUUCCGACGAGUUCAGAAUGCGAAGACGCCAAGAUUCAUGAAGCUUUUCAUUGUGUUCCUUUGCCGUUUCACGAUCGAAAGAAACGCUAUGGAUUUGGUGCAGUCUUGUGAGUCGAUUCAAGCGGGAAUGUUCGACAUGAUCAUUCAACGAGUCGUUCUUGAAGACCUUCCAUCGAUGAAGAAUCUGACGACGCUUCCGGAGAAACGAAUAAUCGCGAUCGGAAUUGCGAAUAUUUUGCAAGACGCAACGCAAUAUGUCAUCAAUACUUAUGGAAAAUUGGCGAAUGAAGUGGCGAGUUUAUUGGAAGCUUCAUCGGUUAGCGAUCGAUUGGUUCUGUCGCCGGAGGAGGAGCAAGCGGCAAUGUAUAAUGCCGAGGGAGAAUUCGUCAAUCCGUUCUGUAGAUUGAGUUACGCUCCGAAGCCUAAUCAAGCUGCUCCGCAUAUUACAAACCAUAAAUACUAUUUCGCGCAAGCUGUUCUUAAUCGUGGUCCAAGCGCCAAUCCGCAGCUUCUGCAAAGCGUCCAUCCCGACAUUGUCAAUUACCUUUCAUCGAUUCCUGCAUAA